GCUGCGGCCGGGGUGCGCGGAGCCGCUCGCUCCGCGGGCUCUAGCGGGAGACAGGGCGAGCGCGGACACCCCGCCAGGGCGCCCGGCGGCCCCGGCCAUGGACAGCGACGAGGACACGCUGGAGGAGACCGUGGAAGGGCUUCUGGAUGAUGAUGGGUUGCCACAUGGGUUCUGUACAGUCACCUAUUCGUCCACAGACAGAUUUGAGGGAAACUUCGUGCAUGGAGAAAAGAACGGCCGUGGCAAGUUCUUCUUUUUUGAUGGAAGCACACUGGAAGGGUAUUAUGUCGAUGAUGCUCUCCAAGGCCAGGGACUCUACACAUAUGAGGAUGGAGGAGUUCUUCAUGGCACACAUAUGGAUGGAGAACUUAAUGGACCUGCCCAGGAAUAUGACAUUGAUGGACGACUAAUAUUCAAAGGGCAGUACAAAGAUAAUAUUCGACAUGGCGUGUGUUGGAUAUAUUACCCGGAUGGAGGCAGCCUUGUAGGAGAAGUGAAUGAAGAAGGGGAGAUGACAGGGGAAAAAAUAGCCUAUGUGUAUCCUGAUGAGAAGACUGCAUAUUAUGGAAGGUUCAUAGAUGGAGAAAUGAUAGAAGCAAAACUAGCAACUCUUACAUCUGUAGAGGAGGGAAAGCCACACUUUGAACUGGUACCAGGCAGCCCAGUAUACAGUUUUGAUAAAUCUACUUCAUCUUGCAUUUCUACAAAUGCACUUCUUCCUGAUCCUUACGAGUCAGAGAGGGUAUAUGUUGAUGCAUCUCUCAUUUCCAAUGCUGGCGAAGGAUUAUUUUCUAAAAUAGCAGCAGGAUCGCACACGGUUAUGUCAUUUUACAAUGGAGUGCGAAUUACACACCAGGAGGUGGACAGCAGAGAUUGGGCCCUCAACGAAAACACAAUAGCCCUGGAUGAUGAAACAGUCAUAGAUGUGCCAGAGCCUUACAACCAUGCCACCAAGUAUUGUGCCUCGCUGGGACAUAAGGCCAACCACUCCUUUACUCCUAAUUGCAUCUAUGACCCGUUUGUUCAUCCUCGUUUUGGGCCAGUCAAGUGUAUACGCACCAUCAGGGCUGUGGAGAAGGAUGAAGAACUAACAGUGGCUUAUGGAUAUGAUCACAAUCCCAUCGGGCAGAAUGGGCCAGAAGCACCAGAAUGGUACCGGUUGGAACUGAAAGCCUUCCAGGCUGCCCAGCAGAAGUGAAAUGCAGGCAAAUGCUCAGUUCAGCAAACUGAAAUAGAAACUUUGAUCUAUGCACUACCUUUAUACUAAAAACUGGACAACCAGGGAUUUGUUCAUGCUGUUGCAUCAUAACCUUUCAUUCAAUGUUAGAAAUAAGUUUCUUGCAUAUUAACUAGGUUUGACUGCGUUAUUCAUAGCAGAUUUAAAAUUAGCUAGUGUUGCACCAAUCUUAUCUGAAAGAAUUAUUAAAUAUUCUAUACAAGGCAGAGUGAUAUUUUUAGUAGCUUUUAUCAAAUUCUGCACCAUAUGCAAAGAUGCCAAAAGAUUAGACAGAAAAUGAAAAGAUCAUUCACUUUUAGUCAGCAGACUUCAGUGUUACUAUUUCUACGGCCUAGGCAUUACUGUGCAGCUGCAUUUUACAUACAUGCCAUUUGUGAUGAUAAUAUUUUGAUAUUCUCUAAUAGUGUAAUUUGCCUUUUUAAACCUUUGAUCUUUAAACCUUUGAUCUUAAUCUUGCAAUAGAGCAGUUUAUUUAUUGGUGUAUAGGAAGCUGGGUUUUUAAUUCCCUCGUCCUCUUAUCUGAGCAUUUGUUCUUUCUACAAAUCCUCUCUUGCAGGAGAAAACCUUUCUAACAAGUGAAAAAGGUUUGUGUACUUGAGAGAGAGUGCCGUGUAUAGAUCUCUGUGGCAUUUUAUAUAAAUAGUUUUAGUGACGUUCAUGUCCAAAACAAAAACUUGUUUGGCCUUUGGGGCUGGGAUACACUGUUUAAUUAUGAUUAUCGCACAUGAAUUAACAUGUAUUUUCAUGAAGAUGCUCAAAGAGGAGAAAGUGGGGUUUAACUUCAUUAUUUUUAAAGAUUGACAUUGAGGAACUGGUGCUGGAAUUGUUUGUUUUGUAUAGUGAGGGUGCUGAGAGCCAUCAAACCAAACUAAACCAUUUAUAUGACGGAAACCACUUCAAGCCAGGGGGUGCAGGAGACCCCCAGCACCCUUACUUCCAGCACCUAUGUUCGGGGUGGGGGGAGCGUUGGAUGGUGUCUAGGGGAUUUCUUUCUGUCUCACUUACCAGAGCUACUAAUUCUUAAGGUUGAAUUCUGCCUUUGAAAGCAUAUUUCUCUUUUGAAGUCAGUAGAAGUGUAUGCAACUGCAGGCAGAAGGUAGUCCUGGAUUAGUAUAGAGCAGGGGUGGGCAAACUUUUUGGCCUGAGGGCCGCAUCAGGUUUCAGAAAUUGUAUAGAGGACCGGUUAGGGGAGGCUGUGCCUCCCCAAACAGCCAGGCGUGGCCCGCCCCUGCCCCUUAUCUGACCCUGACCCUGCUUCUUGUCCCGUGACACCCCCCAAUCCCCUACCCCUAACUGCCCCCCGCCACUCCAUCCAGCCCUCUUCUCCUUCCUGACUGCCCCUCGGGACCUGUUCCCAACCCAACUACUCCUUCUCCCUGACAGCCCCUGGAACUCCUUCCCCCAUUCAACCCCCCAUUCCCCGCCCUCUGACCACCCACACUCCUGUCCACACCUCCAGCCCCGACCACCCACCGAAUUCCCCUGCCCUCUAUCCAACCCCCCACUCCCACUUCGGCCCCCAUACCACACUGCCUGGAGCACCAGUGGCUGGUGGCGUGGCUGCACCAGACCAGCCACGCACUGCGCAGCACAGAGCACCGGAUCAGGCCAGACUCUGCAGCUGUGCUACCCCAGGAGCUUGCAGUCCCGCCGC